GUGGCUUGAGGUGGGGACCCGGGUUCCGGGAGGGGCGGUUCCCGGGGGCAGCCCGCGGAAGGCGAGGUGCCUGGCCCCCAUGUGGGGGCGCCCCCCGGGCCCCCGGCACCGCAGCCCGCCCCCUUCCCCGGGCGCAUGGCGGUGGCGGUGCCCCAGGGUGGGGCGGGGGGCUCGGGCUGGACCUGGCGGCCGGUGGCUGGGGAUGCGCUUUUGGCGCGGGCCUUCCACUCAUGCACCGAACUGCGGGGACGGUUCUAUCUGGUGGGAGGUGUCCUAGCCGGAGGGGCGAGAGAGCCGAGCAGUGAUACGGUGGUCUUCGACCCGGCUGCGGGUCUGGCCGUGCGGGUGGGAGCCCGGGGCGGCCCGAGGCGCAGCCAUCACGACGCGGUGCCCGUGGGCGGGCGCUGGCUCUGCGUGGUGGGCGGCUGGGACGGGUCGCGUCGCCUGGCCACAGUGGCCGCCCUGGACACGGAGCGCGGAGUGUGGGAGGCGUGGACCGCAGCCUCUGGCAACUGCCCCCCUGCUGGCCUCAGCAGUCACACCUGUACCCGCCUCUCCGACCGAGAGCUGCGGGUGGCAGGCCGGGAGGGAGGGACCCGCACUCAGCGUCGCUAUGGAAGCAUCUACACGUUAAGGCUGGACCCCCGCGCCCACACCUAUUGCUACAAGGAAGAAGGCUGCCACACAGUCUCACGCUCAGGUCACUGUGCUGCCCUGCUCCAAACUCCUGGGCCCCACCCGAGUCACCAGCUAUUGCUCUUUGGGGGUUGCAACUCAGCUGAACCAGAAGUAGCUGGGCAUUGGAGUCAUGGGAAGAUUAAGACAAUCCCUUCUUUCUCCCCAAAGGAGGAACCACCUGUUGCCCCCCAUUUGAUGGAACAGCUUGCAAGGCUUGUGAGCAGUGGGCAGGGGUCCCGGCAGGGGCCUCAGGGACUACGGCAUCACUCAUGUUCUGUGGUGGGGCCCUUUGCUGUGCUGUUUGGUGGAGAAACUCUGACCAGAGCUAGAGACACCAUCUGCAAUGACCUCUACAUCUAUGAUACCCGCAAGUCUCCUUCUCUGUGGUUCCACUUCCCCUGUGCAGACCGUGGGCUGAAACGCGUGGGCCAUCGGACCUGCCUUUGGAAUGAUCAGCUUUACCUGGUUGGGGGUUUUGGUGAGGAUGGGAGGACAGCUAGUCCACAGGUUUGCAUCCUGGACCUCUUUAUCUAAAGAAGUGCCAAGACAGACUGCCAAGCCUCUAUUUUGUUGCAAACUCAUAAAGCAUUAUCACCAGAGCUAUCUGCCUCAUUUCAAAUGCUUAUUAAAGUUCAAUCUGAGAGUUAA